AUGAGAGAAAAAAAUCCUGACAUGGCCACUGGUGAAAAGAAAAAGUUUAUCAUGAGGCCCCCACAGGUUUUACGAGUUGGUACGAAGAAAACUGCUUUUGCGAAUUUUGCAGAGAUAUGCAAAUCACUCAAACGGACCCCCAAGCACUUGCUUGCAUUUCUUCUUGCCGAACUUGGAACCAGUGGUUCGAUCGAUGGCAAUGAUCAGUUGAUUAUCAAAGGUCGUUUUCAGCAGAAACACAUCGAAAGUGUUCUUAGGAAAUACAUAAAGGAAUACGUUACGUGUCAUACAUGUAAAUCUGCCGAUACGGUGUUACAGAAGGAUACUAGACUAUUUUUUCUGCAAUGCGAAACCUGUGGGAGUCGCUGCUCUGUUGCAACUAUUAAAUCUGGUUUCCAGGCAGUUACGACUCGUCGCGCUCAGGCUCGGGCCGCAGCUCCUUAG